CACUUAAGUUACCUGGUUGUGACGUUGCUUUUUUCUAAUAUCAGGAGCAGGGUCAUAAUGUUUGCCGAUUGUUUGUUUUGCCGAUUUCGUGCAGUUUACAGCACAACAGCUCCUUGUCAUUUUCUUUCUCCGUUGACUCCGCUAGUAAACAAAUAAGAAUUGUCACGCUUUCUGCCCCAAGGUUGCGCGUGCAUACUUGUGAUGACGUUGCACAGAAACCCGUCUAUAGCCCGGAAAAAAACUAACUAAAGCAAACAUCAAGACAAACAAACAAAAACCAAACACCAGCAACAAAACAAUCAAAAAAGAAAAGAAAAAAAGUAAGAAAAUAAAUACCAGGUAAGAAGUAAGAGAAAAGAUGAGUCGUCCAGACGAUCAACGAUCCUUAUAAUAUUUGUCCAACAUGGAGUGUGUUUUCAGAACCUUCUUGCUCUUAAGUCCAUUAAUAACAGUGCAAUAUUGCGUCAGUUCAUUUAGAAAGUGGUCAAAGCUGGUUUAGAGUCAGUCCAUUUUUUCCUGUGUAUGUGACAUUUCCCAAGAAAAAGAAGUAACUAUACAAAAAAACCCCACAAAAUCUUUCUCGUUCUUCUUCUUCUUCUUCUUUUUGUUUUAUGGCGGUUGGCAACCAGCUUUUGGCGCAUUACCGCCACAUCUUUCGCUUUCUAUUUUGCACUUUCAAUUUCCGCGCUUGUUACCAACGUCACUUCCCCCGCACGUUGAUUACCUCACUUCCUGUUGGUGCAGACAUAGGAAGAAGAAGAGAGGAGGUUCCCCUCUCAUAUCAACAGAAGGAGAUGCCUGACAGCUACAUCACCUGCAACACCAACACCUGUUUUUGACUCUGUGGUGUACCUACAAGUUUUACGUCUCUACAAGACUUGAAAAAUAAAUUCUUUCUUGGAUAAGAAGCUAUCCUUAGCAACAAACCAAACGGUAAGAAAGCGAAACUAUCGCGCUAACGUUAGCUCGAAAUGGCGCUAAUGCGUUAAAUAGCUUUAACCCAAACUAACCUCAAAGCGUCUGGGUUUUAUUUAGAUCUUAUCACGGCUACUUAAGUGGAUAAAGGUAGAUUAAUGGAUUACUGACCGCUGCAAAUGCUCAUGAAUGUUGGUUUGACACAAUGAAUCAAAUUACUCCUGUUACCUUGUUAUUAGCUUGGGUGGUAAUGCUUUAAUUUACCAUCGUUGAUACAGAUAUAAAAGAAACUCAUGUCAGGACAUGUGAGGAGCAGCCUGGGCAGCUCUCAGCUGGCAAAGCUAAAUAAGCACAGUCAAUAUUUCCUACCCACAGAGUCAGAAGACACAAAGUUAUUAUUAUAUGAUAGUGUCACGAGAAUCUUUCCUAUUUUGAUAUCUGCAUGGUUCUAACUAAAUGAGCCACUAUUUUUGGAAAAGAUUCUUGAAUGAACUAUUGUUUUGCAGGUGGUUUAUUGUUGCAGUAGGUAUGCAGUGUAACCUGUUCAACUGGACUGAGAAAGAAAAUGAAAUUAGAAUACAGGGAUCUCUUAUGUUGGCAUGUUUUUGCCCUUAGUGACCUCUCUCUGUGGCUAGUAACAAGUAGCUUUGUGUUGCUGAACAAAUCAUUCCACACAGCCAAAUGAACGGAGCAGCAUUCCCCUCCCCCACGGCAGAGAUGGCCGAGAUGAACCGAAUCCAGUACGAGCUGGAGUACACCGAAGGGAUCAGUCAGAGGAUGCGCAUCCCUGAAAUGCUCAAAGUUGCCCCUCAGUCCCACGAGGAUCACAGUCUUGGUACUCAAGAAGUACCCCAUAGUGUCAUCAUGCAGGUCCCAGAGAGGAUUGUGGUUGCAGGUCAGUACUGUUCACCUUUUCUUUCCAUGUUUAGGCUGUGUUUACUGUGGAGAAUCUUUGAGUAGAAAUUUGGAGUUGGUGUCUGUCAGCUGAUUCUGGCCAAUACACGACUUUUUUAUAACCCUUGACCUAGAUAUACUGCUAUCAGUGGUUCAGGACUUUGUCCAGACAUUUUUUGAUUAGCAUUUAAAGGGAUGUUCCAGCGUAAAGUUCCCAGCCACAGCACUAGCCACCAAACAUCUUUUUAACUUUGCCCAAUUUCUUUAGCAAAGAGACUAAACACAACUCACUCUCUCUUCCAGCAGCCACUUGUUUGUAGCGAGACCUCAAACGAGUCCAAACUGACUGCAGCGGGGUGACGCAGCUCAAGGAAGAACAUUUAUGAUUAUUACUUCAUGGAAAUGAUAAAGAAAUUAUCAUAAAUGUUCUUCCUUGAACUGCGUCACCCCACUGUAGUCUGUCAUGGACUGGCCCAAACAAACGGCUGCUGGAAGAGAGUAGGUAAGUUGUGUUUAGUCUCUUUGCUAAGGAAAUUAGGCAAAGCUAAUAAGAUGUUUGGUGGCUAGUGCUAUGGCUGGGACCCUAUAUGUACUGUUGAUGGAGUUAGGUGCUGUUCUGAGCUUUAUUUGUGGCUAUAGACCGCUGUACAUCGCUAUCAUGCAGCUAUUAAUAAAGUUGGUAUAACUAGAGAAGCAAGCGGUCAGCAACAUUCAUCUCUCGAGGGGGUGUCUAACUCUGUGUUACGGUGUGUUUGACCCUAACUUAAUCUUAUGCUGGAAUAUCCCUUUAAAUCAUGUCAAUAAUUUUAAAAUGGUUUGUAUAAGUUUUUAAAACAAUAUAAAAGAAUCUAUGCAUCUCUGAUACAUAUAGCGAUAAACAAUAAUAGCCAUUGUUUUCCUUAUGAUGUUUUUUCACAGGUUAUAAGUUUCAAAUGGAAGUCACCAUACUUGAAAAACUGAAAUUCAUACUUUUCCUUUUUAGGGGACAAUAAUGACCUCCAGUUCCCCAGACCUAGAGAUCUAGACCUCAUCCAGUCCACACCUCUGGAUCAUUUGUCACUGAAGACUCCUCCCAGAGUCCUCACCCUCAGUGAGAGGCCACUGGAUUUCGCAGAGGAGGAGCAGCGGUCAGCUCAGGAUAGUGAGGAAGGGGUAAGUGAUGGAUCACAACUUGUCAAUCUGUAAGGAAUACUGAAUAUAUUUCUUUAAGAAUUCUAGUCUGCUGUGAUUCUCUUGUGUUGUGUUGUUUGUGUCAUUUAUCGUACACAUUUGUUAUUCUGUAUGGCUGCUGCCUUGGCUAGCCCUCUUUGGCUAAAAAAAUGAAUAAAUAAAAGGACAUUUUAUCUGGUCAUUAACCACCUCCCAAAGUUAACCUGAAUAAUACACUUGUAUAUAUGUAUAUUUUUUUUAAGCUGCGGCCUCAAGGAAGAUUACGACGGGAGCGCUCAGCCAGUGAGAAUGCUGCUCGUCAAAACAGUCAACUGCUUCGUAAUGAUUCAGCGUGAGUAUUAUCCUUGAUGUGCAAUCCUAAGCAUGGAACAAGCUUCUUCUUGUCCCCUUUAUGCAUGCACUUGCAUGUUGCAUGUGUCUUUUUGGUUCUUUAUUUCCCUCCACCUUUUACCUUUGUCUGUGUGGGGCUGCUGGUGGUCUACCUUGAAAGCAUGAUGAGCUGUUUAGUUGCUUGCAAGAAGUAUCCUGCUUUCAGUUUUUAAGCAGAAGUCAGUUGUAUUUUUUUCUGCGGAUACUUUUCAAUGAGCACUAUGAUUUUGAGCUUUUACACUAAUCAUUUAAUUUGAUGUUGCUCUAAUUUAAGUUUGCUCAGUUGCUUUAUAUUCCUACGUAUUAAAAAAUACGCCAUAUCAACACUUUAUCAGGGCCAUUUAAAUACCUUUGUCCUGAUCACGUUGCUCCAUAUAAUUGCAUGUGAUGUCCCAGUGACGUUAACUAGGUCACCACCCUCUUUAUACAACAAGACUGAGCAAAAUUGCAAAUCUGUCCUGACUGAUCUGAAUUGGAAUUUUUUGCUUGUCAGUGCCUUUUUACUUUUUUUAUAUAUGUAUUUCAUGAUAGUACAGCGUUGUUCUUGGCCAGCAGGUUAAACAUUUUGCUGUUAUUACAACUUAAGUUUUUAUUGCGUCCACUUUGUUGCAGCGUAGAGCAAAAUAACCAGAACUGAGGACAGCUCCUUUUCCUUAUUUCUCUCCCUUUCCCUCAUCCGUCUUUCUUUCCUCUUUUUCUUCCUUUGUCCUUUCCCUCCCUCUCUGAUUGGCUGCUCUUAAUGGUGGGCACUGAGCAGUGCGACUCCAUCUCCCCCAGCCACUGGCCACCCUUGCCCCCCUCUCACUGUGACUGAAGAAGAACACAACCUGUACAGCGCUAGUGGUGUUCUGUCUUUCCUCCAGUCCACUACACGUCGGGCCUACCAGCAGGUCCUGGAGGUCUUGGAUGAGAACCCUCGCAGGUGACCUUCCAAUCGCCCAGGCAUUACUUUACUUUAAAAGAAACAUUGGUGUACAAGCCAUUGUUCAAAGAGAGCUGUGUCACAUAUCUUUAGUUUUCAGGGACCAUGAAAAAAUAUUACACACAAUUUAUUUUGCGAAAAUAGUUUUUCUGAAAUGUUUAGUGUUUGGUUAAUUCAUUCUGAGUGUUAGCUUGUAUGCUCAGGCAAUACUUGACCAUUCUCUAACAGACUGCUUUUAACAUUCAGUAACAAUAUUAAUACAGCAUCUUUACAAACAUUCAAAGUGUUGCUGUUUCAAAUCUGUGGCAUCACGUCAACUGCUGCCUAGUUUCUGCUAGCUAUGUAACCAGCUUCUGAAUGGGAUGUCCCUGAAAGAUUAGCCUGUUCAUUCCUAGCACAACAACAACAAAACUUGCCAUAUGUGUGCAUGUAUGCAACACAAAAUAUGUUUCUCUAUCUUUCUCGUUUUCCCCUUUUUUUCCCCACCCUGUCUUCCCCCACCUGUGUAGCAAACCAUCACUGCGAGGGGGGUCGGCUUCAAGCUCCAACCCCCUGCAUGAACCCAGGUAACCUCACCUGGCUAUCUUCAUUCUGAUCCUUUUUGUCCUUUUCCACAUCCUUUCCUUUCUUCCAUAUGUUCACUAUAGGUCAAGACUGUAAGUCAUGCUUGAAAAAUAAUCUUUAAGAGUGAGGUUAUGAUCAACGCUGUGUGAUAAACCAUCUCAAAUAAUACAGUCUCAAGUGUUGGAAGUGUUAUUCUUAAAACCAUUAUUCUGUCUUUCAGGCUUGCAUUGUCAGCAUAUGAAGCGUCACUGGACGGGGGGUCUGAUGACAUGACCGUGGUUGAUGCAACAACUCUUAGACGUCAGGUGAGGUCUUAUGUUGCGUUCCAGUUACCUGGGAAGUCGGAGCUGGGAGUGAUGUCACACCCAAGCAGUGUUGUUUUUCGUUGACAAUGACGUUGACGGAAAUAUUUCGUCAACGUCAUCGUCAACGAAAACAGCAUUGCAGUAUAUAUCUUUAACGUUUGACUGACGAAAUGCUCAUGAAAUUUGCAACUCUGUUCGUCAUCCACCACUAGUGUUUUCAUCUAGUCUUGUCUCGUCAACGUAAACGCGUCGUGGAAAAAAAGGGGGAAACAACCAGUGUUGUUUUCGUUGACGAUGACGUUGACGAAAUAUUUCCAUCAACGUCAUCGUCAACGAAAACAACACUACACCCGAGUUGACGGCGUUCCAGUUAACAAAUCAGAAAACCAAGAUGGAUGCCUACAGUUACCCGUUGUUAGCUGUUGUUUACAAUUGUCAGCUGUCGUUAGCCGUUGUCAGUUGUGGUUACCGGUUCUCAGCUGUCGUUAGUUGUUGUUAGCGAUACCAGUCAGUUGUAAACAACGCAUAACACAGUAUUUUACUCUAACAAACACUAUAGCACCGUGUUCACAGUUAUAUCUUUGGCAGUACAACAUCUACCACUUAUUGAAUUUCACCAAAACAAAACAGAAGUGCGAAUAAAUAAUACAUUACGAGAGCUUUCACUGUUACUCUUUGCUGUUGAUGCACUGCACUGCCAUCUUGGAUUAUGACUUUGUCAUCAAGUCGGGGUUGGUGAGGAUCUUCCAACUUUCUGAGUCGGAGCUCAGAAAUUCCGACUUCCGAGUACAACUGGAACUCAGCACCAUUCAAUGCUCUGUCUCCUUCUUUUUGUAAAGAAAUCUAAUCAUGGAAUCCCGAGUCAAAAACUAACAUUUUCUUUUUACGUUCAGCUCAUCAAGUUAAACCGGAGACUCCAACAUUUGGAAGAGGAGAACAAGGAGCGAGCAAAGCGCGAGAUGAUCCUCUACUCUGUCACCGUAGCAUUCUGGCUCGUCAACACCUGGGUGUGGUUGCGACGUUAGAGCCAGCCUGUAUCUCUGCCAUCACAAUGACAGAAGAACGUACUAUUCCCUUAUUUUAUGUGUCAAAUGUUAGCUUUCCGCUGCACUCAGCUCCUGUGUGAGAGAGACCUUAAGAGACAUGCACUCGUCUGUUGCACACAGGGCUAUUUUUAUUUAAAACAUGUACAGUUUUAUUUUUUUACUCUUAUUUUGUUCUGUUUCAUGUUCUCAUACAUUGGUUUUAGUAGAAACUUUCUCGCUCACUGCUAAGCAUGACUUGUUGUAAAUAUUUGUUCAUUUCACCCCAAAUAUACAGUAUAGCAUAAUUUACCAUUAAAGGAAAUCUGCAAUGUGACAUGUUGACUAUUUAUUGCAGAGAGAGUGAUAUGUGAAUUGAACUGGGACAUGUAAUAUUUAGUAAAAUUAUACAUAAUUACCUGUUG